CUCUGAUCUAUUUUUUUUUUCCGUUUUUAUCGUUUUCGCAAAAUUAUCUGUGAUCGCCGGAAGGUUGUCGGCCCUUUCCUGUGGGCAGUUAGUCGUUGGUGAAGUUUGACCGUGGAACAUGGCGAAUCAGACGAGUGAGAAGUCACGUCGAGAAAGGCGAAAAGAAGCCCGCCUGGCAAAGAAGGCGAAUAAACAUCAAUCUUGGCUGGAUGACCAGAUAUCUCGCGCAAUGAAAAGAGUUAACCAGGAUUCAGAGGCAAAUACUACAUGCAAAUCAAAUCAUUUGCUCAGCCCUAGUGUAAAGGAAACAAAGGUUAACAAGUCAGAAUCCAACUCUGGGAGACAUAGUACAGCUGAGGAUUGUGAAAUGUCAAAGGAAAUUACUGAGUCAAAAUCAAUGAUUUGUCAUGGUUCUGUUGCAACAAUAAUGAAGAAAGGAAAUAAAGGUUCGAAGGAAAAUUCCAGGAAGAAGUCCAGAUGUUUCCCGGUUGGUGUGCCAGAUGUUUCCAUAGCUGCCAAGAAGGAUCAAGAUUUGGAAAGGAAACUAGCCAAAAAGCUCAAAGUGAAAGACGGAAAAUUAAGGGGUAUGGAUGAUGGUCUCAAUAUAUUACUUGAUGGAAUGCCAUCUAUUAUUGAUUUCAUGGGCGAAGGGGAAGUACCUAGUGAUGAAUUACCCGCAAAAAAAUUGAAGAAGAGAUCUUCACAUAAUAAAACUGAGGAUGACAUAUUGGCAAGGGAAGGGCCACAAGCAAGGUCAAUACCUGAAAUUUCAAGGCUUGCAGAUACUUCUAACCAAGAUUUUGGAUCGACAGAAUUUUCCGUUAGUGCGCCCUCAAGUAAGAAACAUAAGAAAAGAAAAUUGCUGGAACAACAGCAAGAAGGUAGUGAUGUGAAUGCUGCUGCCACAUGCAUAUCCAAGCUUGCCAAUUCCUGUGAAAAAGAGACGGCAAGAAUGCAUGUUCCUGCUCUGGUGCCAGAAAAAAGAACUAAUGAAAAAUACAUAGCACCUCACUUGAGAGCACGUGCUGGAAAUGAACCUGAAGAGCAUACUCAGAUCCGAAGGCGAAUUCGAGGUCUGCUUAACAGGCUCUCAGAAUCUAAUGUGGAAUCAAUCACAGGAGAGAUUUCUACGAUCUUUCAGACAAUUGCUCGAAGUGUUGCUUCACAGAUAAUUAGCGAAGAGAUUUUAGCAUCUUGUUCUGGAGGUCCCCGUGGCAAUGAACAGUAUGCUGCUGUUUUUGCAGCCUUUGUUGCUGGGAUGGCCUGCCUGGUUGGUAUUGACUUCAGUGCAAAGUUUAUGGCCUCCUUUGCCAAAUGCUUUGAGGAUGAAUAUAACAAGGAAGACAAUCUCUCUCUGCGAAAUCUCACUCUUCUCCUAUGCUAUUUAUGCAUAUUUGGGGUCUGCUCAAGUGAUUUAAUAUAUGACUUCCUCAUCAUCCUGAGUAAGAGGUUAACAGAGAUCGAUGUCUCUACCAUCUUAACGGUGUUACAAUGCUGUGGGAUGAAAAUCAGGGCCGAUGAUCCUGCUGCCAUGAAAGAUUUCAUUGUGAGUGUUCAGAAUCGGGCAAAUGAGUUGAAGGCUUCUGAUGGUGGGGACCAAGAAAAAAUAUAUAGCAAAAGAAUGGAAUUUAUGCUUGAAACCAUCUGUGACAUCAAGAACAACAAGAAAAGGCCCAAAGAGGACCCUGCACAUCACACAAGGAUUAAGAAGUGGUUACAGAAGCUAAGGGUGGAUGAUGUUUUGAUUAGAGGAUUUAAAUGGAAUAAGUUGCUUGACCCCAACAAGAAAGGCCAAUGGUGGUUGUCUGGGGACGCAGCUCCCGCAACAGAUAAUGUUGUGGAAGUUGCCAACAGAAUAGAUAAAGAUGUUCUCGAAACCCAGCGAAUGUUGCAGCUUGCUGCCGCUCAAAGGAUGAACACAGAUGGUAGAAGAGCAAUCUUUUGUAUAAUAAUGAGUGGGGAGGACUAUAUUGAUGCAUUUGAGAAGCUUCUAAGACUAGACUUACCGGGAAAGCAGGACCGAGAGAUAAUGCGUGUUCUUUUGGAGUGCUGCUUGCAGGAGAAGGUUUUUAAUAAGUAUUAUACUGUAUUGGCUUCCAAGUUGUGUGAGCAUGAUAGAAAUCACAAAUUCACUCUACAGUUUUGCCUUUGGGACCAGUUUAAGGAGCUGGAAUCAAUGCAGCUGAUGAGGUCAAUGCAUCUGGCAAAAUUUGUGGCAGAAAUGGUUGCCUCUUUCACUCUCUCCCUCGCAGUUUUGAAGACCAUUGAGCUAGGCGACAUCACCCAGUUAACCCCAAAGAAGAUCAUGCAUUUCCGCAUGUUUUUUGAGUCCAUUUUUGAGUAUUCGGAUAGCCAAGUGUGGAACAUAUUCACCCGUGUUGCGGUGACCCCUGCGCUUGAAAGCCUUAGAGAAGGCAUUGAGUUCUUCAUUAAGGAGUAUAUUCUGAAAGCCGACAAGGCUCUUGCUCCAAAAUUUAAGUUGGCUAAAAGAGCCCUUCAUAAUUUAGAAGGAGUUCUGAUGUGAUUUUCUGGUUUUGAAUACAUCAAAAUUUUGUAGCUUUAAUAAUAGAUAUAUUAAGUUGGCUAAAAGAGCCCUUCAUAA